CUUGUUCUUCACUUGUUUUUGUUUGCGUCAUCAAGUUGAACUUGUUAUAAUCUCCUUUCCUCUCUCUUUCUCUCCCCUCACAGGAUCUUAAGAUCGAUCGAAUUUCUCUCCUAGGUGUCCCCUUUCUCUUUUGCUUUCCUCUCUUUCUUCGUUGAAAGUCGCUAUCUUUGAUCGUUUGGCUCACAGCUCGAUCCUUCUAUUCCUAAAGUCUCUUAUAGAGUGAUGUGUCUUUGAAAGGAUCCAACGAACCGCCCAUUCACUCCAGGCAUUGUUCCUCCACAAUUCUCCGGAAUUCUUUCAUUGUGAUCAGGAAGAGAAGGAACAGAAAUCGAUGGAUCAUCGGCCGGUGCUCGCGCGCGUGUUGAUGGUGGCGAUGGUGACCAUCGCAGCGGCGCCGCCUCUGAUCCACGCGCAGGAUCGGCUCUCGAGCGAUUUCUACUCCGCCAGCUGCCCCAACGUCGAAUCCAUCGUCACCACCACCAUGAACAGGCUCUCGUCGGAAAACAACGUCGUCCCCAUCGGGAUGCUCCGCCUCUUCGCGCACGAUUGCUUCGUGGAGGGAUGCGACGCCUCGAUCCUUCUCACAGGCGCGUCAACGGAGAGAGCUGCGACGGACAACCUGGAUUUCCCCCAGAAUCCCUUCGACGCCAUGGACGAGCUCAAGAAAACAGUGGAGGAAUCGUGCCCGGGAGUCGUCUCGUGUGCCGACAUCCUCGCGAUGGCCACCCGCGACGCGGUCACCUUUAGUGGCGGACCAAGCUGGACAGUCCUCAAAGGACGGCUCGACGGGACCAUCUCACGCGAAUCCCGCGUCGCCGGGCACUUGCCCGGCGCCGACUUCGACGUGGAGGAGCUCGAGUCCAAUUUCGGCGCCCUGGGACUCUCUCUCGAGGACAUGGUCGUCCUCUCAGGGGCACACACGAUUGGAUUCUCUCACUGCCACCAAUUCACCAGUCGCCUCUACGGCUCCUCCGGCAGCGAUCCCUCGCUCAGCCCCAGCUUCGUCAGCACCCUCCAGAAGCAAUGCCCGCAAUUCGGCGGCAAUCCCACCACCGUCCAGGCGUUUGAUAUCAGCACCCCCUUCGCCUUCGACAACUUGUACUACAAGCACCUCCUCACGGACGAGGGCCUCUUGGUCUCCGACUCGACGCUCACCACCAGGAACGACACGCUCCGCCUCGUCAAUCUCUUUGCCAACAGCCAGGAAGCGUUCUUCUCUGCGUUUGCGCGGUCGAUGGUCCGGCUGGGAUCCGUGGGUGUCAAGACGAGGUCGGGUGGCGAGAUCAGGAGAGUUUGCUCCAGAGUCAACUGAUUCCUCAGCACCAGCACCUCCAUAGCUGUAAAGUCCAAAUGGUUUUGUUUUCCUUCUUUUUUUUCUUCUUUUUUUUUCGAUAAGCGGAACUAAGAGUUCCACCUGUAUCAAAAUGGUCAGAAUAAACACGCAACAAGGGAGAAAUAACUCACUUUGCAAGCUA